CUUUGGCUCUGCUAGGUAAUGAAAUUAUCGUGGUGGAACAAGGCAUAGAAAUACCCAGCCCUCGCGCUGAGAAAGCAGCCUUGCCCUGCUCCAGGUUUCUCACUCACAUGAAGAAUUUCUCUGCAUCACACAAAACGGAUAAAUUACAUUUUCUACCGUUUCCAGGAUUUAUAGAAGGGACUCCUAGUCCAUUGACAGAUAACGGACUACUUUACACUCCACAGUACAUAAUCCCCAACUCUCCUGCGAGCACAGUUUCUUUCGAAGAAGUUUAUGGAGAAGCCUGUCCUUCCCUGUCAUCCUCCAGUGAGACGGACGAAGAUGAUUUGUUCUCUACUGUCAAGGACAGAAGGCAGAAGCGACUUAGAGGAGCACCUAAGCAGGCCUGGACCAGCCCAUUUCUGGAAAAGCCAGCUGCAGAUAAGCCUCUUAAACGAUCAUACUCAGUGAAUACCAUUUUCCUGGAAGCUGCAGGUAGACACAUACCACUUCAGAACCAUCCCUUGGGCAAAUCCAAGGGAGAUUCUGGUCCUGUGUUGAGACCUUUCACCGCCAUCGGCCUCUGCAGACGUGUAAACCAGAUCUGCUCUUCCCCGAAGAUCAGUUGCAGGACUGCCUCGGAAUCUGGGCAGCAGGAUAAAAUGUCAUCCUCGGGCUCCUGGACAAACCCAGAUUCCCUAAGCAUAUGUGGAAGUGCAUUAGGAAGACGCUUGGCUGCCAUAACACCAGGGAUGACCCCCAAGCAUUCUCAUCGCCCUACAGAACGUAGGUCAAAGGCAGCUAGCGCCUUCCAGGGCCAUGCAGCCAAGGAGCCCCUGCCUCUGCUCGUGGGAUCUUCUACCCAUUUGUUUCCCAAGAAGUUAAUGAAGGUUUGCUCCUCAGCAGCCCCACGCCCACCCCAGCGCUUCCAUACGGCUUGUUCACAGACUCUUUCCAGGCCGGUGGUGACUGCUCACUUACACUGA